AUGAAGUACUCUGUCGCUGCCGCCACCGCCGUCCUGGCCCUCGCCUCGGGCGUCGUCGCCAAACCCCAAAUCACCAACUCGGGCUCCAUUGACCCCAAGGAGGGCAAGGCCUUUACGCUCGAGCUCUCGGGCUGCGCCGCCGGGUGCACCGUGUACCUGAUGCAGGGCGCCAAGGACCAGCAGGUCCCGGUCAAGGUCCUCGACAGCUCCGCCACCACCUCGGCCAAGAUUACCCUCAGCGACGUUGGCUCCGGCAGCUACAGCAUCCGCGUCAAGGACAACUCCGUCACCGGCACCGCCGCCGACGACAACGCCAACAACGACUACACCGGCAUCUUUGCCUACACCGGCACCGGCCCGACCUCGUUCCCGCCCCUGUCCGGCACCGCCAGCGCCACCUCAUCCAGCGCGAGCGCCUCGUCUAGCUCUGCCGCCUCGUCGUCUGCCUCGUCCUCCUCUUCCGCCACCAGCUCCGCUUCCUCCUCUUCUUCCGCUUCCUCGGCUUCCUCUGCCUCGACCUCUGCGACCUCGGCGUCGUCGGCCUCGGCCACCAGCUCUUCCAGCAAGGCCUCCAGCAGCGCCAGCAAGACCGCAGGCAGCGCCACCGCUUCGCCUACCAGCACAACUCCCCCCAGCGCUGGCAACAUGCUUGCCCUCUCGCCCCUCGGCCUGAUUGGCGCCGCCGCUGCCGCCCUCUUCCUGUAA